AUGGCCCCAGAAGCCCCCACGAGCCUGACAGAGGCAGCAAGGCGGGCCAUGGCUGGCGAGGUCGAGUCGCAGGAUAGCCAGGCCCUCAUAAGCUACAUGCAUCGCGUCCAUGGCGUCGGAGAGAGGAGCAGCUCGCCAGGUCAGCCGCUGGACGUCGAUGAUGCCCUGAUUCGGUGCCAGUACGACCAGCAGCAGUCGAGGCCUGCCAAGGUCAAGCAGACGUUUCUCGGUGGUCGGGUGCCAACACGCGCGAGAUCGACCGCGAGAUCUUCAGAGUCAAUUGCAAAGUCUAAAUCGACUGGAAAUGCGGGUGAACAAGACCUAACGAGCCUGAAACCCGCUGCCGAUGCGACUGUCCAGGACCUGCGCAGGGGUCUUGGGCGCGCUUCUGCAGCCGGCCCGGAUUGCGACAUGGAAGCUCGGAUCACAGGCGGCGCAGACGCGUCGGACAGUCACAUCUCCUCUCCUCCCUCCCAGCCACCACAACGACCAUCUCGACGAGCUGUCCGUCAACAUCGCACCGUCAAACCUGCAGGACGCAGCAGCAGUCCGCGCCAAGCUCAGCCAGAUGAGACGCCUGGUCAUCCGCUAAGCACCCCCGGCUGUGUCCCGCCUCGCGCCCGAGCUGGCAGUCCUGCUAUCCUCCCCAGAGGUGAUGACGACGACGACGACGACGACGACGACGACGACGAAGGCCAUGGUCACACCAACGGCAAUAGCAAUCUAUCCACCGAUCAGAAAGGCACGGGCCUGAUCUCGCACACAUGCUCAGGCAAGGCACUCACCAAGAGGAUGGAGUACUCACAAUCCCCGACGCAGUCGAACGAUGGGAGGAGCUAUGAGCAAUACCUUGGCCACGCCGACGACCCCGUCGCCUCCGACCCUCUCGACGCGGCUGUCUUGUCGCAGCGACCCAAUCAUACCCCUGCCUCCACCAACGAGAAUGUUACCCUGAGUGAUCAAGACACCGGCGCCGUCAAUUUCGAUUUCAGCGCCCUCGGUCGCCGCGGCACUCAGGACUCCGUCCCAGACUCGCCUGAGCACCUCCAUGGGAACCCCCAGACGCCAGCACCGCCGAGAAAUCCCCUGUCCGGGGUCGGGGCGGCAGCAACAGCGUCGCUGAUGGCCAGCUCCCAGAUGUUCAAGCAGACCCAGUUCUCUUCCGCCUACAGACCAACCUUCAGCCCAACCUCAUCGCGCCCUUCUCCCGACAACCUCCGCCCUUUCAACACGAUCUCUCCGAAUCCAUCGCCCCUCAAGAGGAUUUUUGUUGGACCCUCGCCACUACCAAUUGCUCCUUCCAGUCUUCCGGUCUUUCCUGUGGAGUACGAUGAGGAAUACGAUAUCUCUCCUCAGCAAGAGAAGGACAGGGGCGAGGGGGAUCAUGAAGAGGAGGAGGAGCAGCAGCAGAAAGGAGAAGAGCAGAAGGCCGAGGACCAGGGACGCAUAGUGCAUGACAAGACAAGGAUCAACAGGGUGUCCAGGACAUUUCACUUUGCGCCACGGAGGGCUCCCAUUGAGGUAUACGAGCCCAUACACAAUACUCAGCAGGAGGAGCCUACGCAGGCACAUGCUAGGUCGGAAGGUGGCCUUGGUGAGGACCAAAGUGAUGAUGAUAACGAUGAGGAGUAUCGCCGCCGCCAACUUGUGGCCCUACGAAAAGCGGCAGCUGCACAGAGCUUAAGGGCCAUCAAGUUCGAGCGGCUGCGUCCUGCUAAUGCAGAGGAUGUCGUGGUUCCCUCAACAAGACAGGAUGAGUCACCGCUGGCCUCGGAUGCUCAGAGGUACCUGGACCAGUGUGAGGGAUCCUCUACGAGAGACUCCCAGAAAUCGGUAGAGGCUACUCAGCAUGCCGUUGAACCCUUGCAGGACGGCAUUACACAGCUCUCGCCAGACGGUCUAGAAGAAGGUUAUGCGCCAGAACAUGAUGCGUUGGACCCAUUUGGGGGGUUUUCUAGCAAUGAGGCCAUGAUUCCGAACACGGAUCCUGCUCCUGCUCCGUCUGAGCCCAAUGUACAAGAAGAGGAGGCAAACGCCAAGCAAGACGGAAGCGCAGCUCGUACGGAUGAAGUUCCUGAGACGAGUCCUCUGAACCUGCAUGUUCGACCAUUAGAUGAUACGGUGCCCCACUCUUCGGAGGAGGAGGAGGAAGAAGAAGCAUUCGAAUCUGAGACUGGUGGCAUGGCCUUGCGGAGUUCGCCGGCCCGCUCAGGUUCGGAAGCUGUAUCCAGGAGGUCUUCGCGGGUUGGGACGCCGCCGAGUCAACCACAACCAGAGGACCACGAUUCACCACGCCUUGGGGCCACGCCGUCCUUGACGGACGAUGUUCAGAGCUCUCCUGCGGUUGCUAAAGCCCACCGUCUGAAGAGCUCGAGGGCUGUCCCCAACCCCAUGCCAAGCAAGCCCCGGGUGUCGACCAGAAAGACCAGGAAGUCGUUCGCAUCAAAUGAAUCUGUGUCGACCGACGAGCUGGCCAGGUCGCCCAUUACACCGACUUUCGAGCAGAGUACGCGUCUGUCGAGGUCUGGCAGAACCUCCAUGAAAAACCCGCCACCAGCUCCACGGGAGAUAGGCCACGGAACAAAGCUCUUUGUAGGGAUGGUUUUCGCCAUAUCUUUCCAGUCCAGACAGGCGGGAGAGAAGGAUGCACAAUACAACUCAAGAAUAGCACGCUCCGAGCAGAUCACGAACAAGAUCAAACAGGCCGGGGGCAAGGUUCUGACGGAUGGUUUUGACAAGUUGUUCGAGGCGUCCUCGGCGCAGGGCACGGACUGCGAAACUACAUCGCCAGCAUCGCAUCCUGACGACGAGAUUGAGCUCGUCUCGACUGCUCGCGAGACAGGCUUCACAGCGCUCAUUGCUGAUGGCCACUCGCGCAAGGUCAAAUACAUGCAGGCACUCGCCCUUGGCCUCCCUUGUAUCCACGAGCGCUGGAUCACCACAUGCACAAGCAAGCAGGAGCUCGUCGACUGGUCCAACUACCUCCUCUGUGCUGGAAAUUCCUCCUUCCUCGGCGACGCGAUAAGGUCGCGUAACCUGCCGACCUACAACGCCGCGACGGCGAAGCUCAGGGAGGUCAUUCGGUACCGGCCACAACUUCUCAACCAGUCACGGAUUCUCGUGGUCAUGGGACGUGCCGACGAGAGUAGGAAGGCACCCUAUAUAUUCCUGGCGCGGGUCCUGGGUGCUUCGCUCUCUAGGGUGUACACCAUGGCCGAGGCGAGGGAGCAGCUCAGAGCGAUGGAGGACGCGGGCCAUCCAUUUGAUUGGGUGUAUGUCGACGAGAAGAUGGCUGGUACGACCAACCCAUUCACAGAAGCUGUGCCGCUCUCAGCAGGCGGGAAGAAGAGGAAGAGAAAGGGCGGUGGGGGGUCUGCAGCGCCUCCGCUCAAGAAACUCCGCGUCUUGAGCGAUGAGCUUGUUAUACAGAGCCUCAUCUUAGGCCGGCUGAUAGAGGAGGACGAGAUGCCGGCGUGAACGGCGAUGCGCGAUGAAAAUCUUUUCUCAAAAUGCACUGAAUGGGGCAUAGGAGCAUUUGGUUUGGAGGCGUCUGGUGAAUAGUACAACGAACAAGGGGAGAUACCCAACUCGUUGGUCUGCUGAGACCUAUUACGGAGUUUCUAGGGUGGGGCAUUAGGCGAGCUUAUUAAUUGAACAAUUCUUUACUUC